CCCACAUAUUAUUAAUCCCUUUCCACCUUUACUCUCUAUGCUUCAAUCCUUCUCAUGGCUUCUGCAAUUCAGUAAAAGGCACUGAAUUCUCUAAUAAACAUGGAACAGUCUCGAUCCACUGCUAUCUUGGAUGAUGAAACCAACAGCAGCAUGCCCAUCUGCCUUGUAAGAACUUCUAUUUACUUCAGUUAGGUUGAUGGGGAGACCAGCAAAUAAUGGAAGAGAAUGGACAUGGCCUUUUCUCAUAAGUUUCCAUGUCUGCGAGCCAAAUGUUGAGCCCAUGACGCUAGCUGGGCGAACGUUGUCCCACGAGCUGGUUCUAAUAAAUUCCAGGUACAAACCGGGCGGGGCGGAGUACCGGAAAACGCGCUAUGGUCAACUCAAAACACGCAGCGGUGACCAUACCCCGUUUACCGCGAGGGAGAGCCCAUGGCUGCGGCGACGGAUCCCGUUCGUCGUCGUCGCGGAGGAUUGGAGCGGAGAAUGCUGGGCGAUCCCGGACGGUCGCGCGUCUCGCCGGCCCUUGCCUUCGUCCUCCUCGUCGUCCUUUCUUCCUCCUUCGUGCGCGGCGGCGCCGCUGCCAAUCCCGAGGUGAGAUGCAGCAGAUCAUGCGUCGCGCAGAAUUGCAAUUCUAUAGGCAUUCGAUAUGGGAAGUUUUGUGGAGUGGGAUGGACAGGGUGCCCUGGAGAGAAGCCCUGCGAUGAACUUGACGGAUGUUGCAAGGCUCACGAUGAAUGUGUCGAGCAAAAAGGUUUGAUGAGUGUGAAAUGUCAUGAGAAGUUCAAAAACUGCAUCAGGAAGGUGAAGAAGUCCGGGAAGGAUGGAUUCUCUGAGGAGUGUCCUUAUGAAACAGCAAUACCUACUAUGAUACAGGGCAUGGAUAUGGCCAUCUUAUUUAGCCAUUUUUGGAGAAAUGAUCUGUAUCCUGGCCAACCAUUGCUGCUGCCAAAGAUUCUACCAACCGCAGAUCUGCCCUUCGUCAAGAUGGCGUUGGUAACUCAAUAUCCCUCUGAUGUUCAAGCCAUUUUACUUGUUAGAAGAUCAUUUGCUUUUGCAACUCCGAUUGUAAAAUCCCACACAUGAUCAUUAAUCAUCGAUCACUACUUCGACUUUUAGUUCUCACCAUAUUUUUUUCAUGUGAAGUGAUGUAAAGGUAAAUUCAACGAAAUCAAGGAUCUGUGCUGGUGUAUAAGGCAUUCAUUCUUUUGUUCUUGGGCUUUACAGAAGAAUCUAUAUCACAAUAUUUAUCUUAACUUUCA